AUGGAUACUCUUCUCAUGGCUACACGAAUCAGAUGCCUUCAUGCUCCCACAUCAUCAUCCUACGCUCUCCCUAAGCAAUCCCGUUCGCCGGCGAUUUACCAGCUCCGUUGCAGUAGCGCACGGCUGUUGUCCUACCGAUCGGUGACUACGACCAUAUGCGGGAGACAAUCCGAUUUGAGAUUCCGCUUCCCGGUUACUCGGAAAAUCACUUCUCCGAUGAGACGUGUAUUUUCCGCCUCUGCUUUGACGGAGCGUUCUUCAGCUCCUUCUAAUCGGAAACUUAUUGUGGCCAACUCCGUCGUCAUCGUAGCCUUAGCUGUAGCUAAUCGCGUGCUCUACAAACUCGCUUUGGUUCCCAUGAAGCAGUACCCUUUCUUCUUAGCUCAGCUCAAUACUUUCGGCUACGUCUUGAUUUACUUCACCAUUCUGUACAUGAGGUCCCGUCUAGGCAUUGUGACCCGUGAAAUGUUGAGUGUUCCCAAAUGGAGAUUCGCUAUCAUCGGUUUCCUCGAAGCUCUUGGAGUUGCCACUGGCAUGGCUGCAGCUGCCAUGCUUCCUGGACCAGUUAUUCCGCUUUUGAAUCAGACGUUUUUGGUGUGGCAGCUGCUUUUUGCUAUUCUUAUUUUGGGCAGGAGGUUCUUGCUUAACCAAAUUUCCGGUUGCUUGCUUGUUGUUGUGGGCGUUGUGGUGGCUGUUUCAAGUGGAUCUGGUGCAGAUCAUACGCUAUCCGGAAUCGGUUUGCUAUGGCCUGCUGUAAUGGUAGCAUCUGCUGCUUUUCAAGCUGGUGCGUCUAUCAUAAAGGAAUUUGUUUUCAAUGAUGCUGCAAAGCGUCUUGAGGGAAAGUCACUGGAUAUAUUUGUGGUGAAUUCAUUUGGAUCUGGAUUUCAGGCUCUUUUUGUGUUUCUGCUGUUGCCUUUUCUCUCAAACUUGAAAGGGAUUCCAUUUGCCAGCCUUCCUUCGUAUCUAAAAGAUGGCGCCGGCUGCUUCUUCAACAUUGGAGCUAAGAUUUCUGGCUGCGAUGGUGCUCCUAUACUCCCACUGCUCUAUAUAGCCACCAAUCUCGCUUUCAACAUCUCGUUGCUCCAUCUGGUUAAAAUAUCUUCAGCAAUCGUUUCCUCUCUCGCUGUGAUGCUCUCAGUGCCAUUAUCGGUGUACAUAAUGUCAAAACCCUUGCCGUAUCUACCUGGAGGUACAAGCUUGAGCUCCAAUUUCAUGAUGGGGAGUGUAGUUCUGGUUAUAGGUCUUCUUCUCUACAACAUUUCCACCACUCCAACUAAGCAAGACACCAAGACCUCCUAA